AUGGCCACCGUUGUUAUUACGUUCUUCCUAGCACGAUUUUAUGUUUCUAAAAUGGACGCUGACUUUGAGCAAAAGCGAAGGGCAAGAAUUUCUGCGAGGCGCGAGACACGGUGGAGCAUGAACUCGCAACGAUUGGAAGAAAUCGUGGCGGAGCUGAUGCGCCCCAUCAGCGACGUCCGCCACAGCUUCGACACCGACCUAAGCGCGUUGUUGGAGGAGUACCUGACGGAGGCGGGGCUGCACGCGUUGGACGCGGAGGAGAACGAACACGGUGCAGAUGCGGCGCCCGUCAAUUUCGCCGAGUUGGCGCUGCUCCUGCAGCAGUCUGCCAAUAUCUACGGCCGCAAGGUCAACUUUCUCUACCAGAACGUGCUCUUCGUCAGAGACUCGUUGUACAACAGCACGAUAGAGAUAAGUAACACGCACCGCGAGGAGGAAGCGGCGCCGGCACGAGUGGCGGCCGCGGCGGAAGCGCCUUCGCCCGCGACCGCCGCGGCGCGCAGGCGGGGGAACGCGUCGGCGGGCGCCGGCGACUUCGCGCUCAUCCAGCUGGAGCCGGCCGCGGCGGCGCGGCGCGAGGCGGAGGCGCCGCGGCCGCCGCCCACGCUGCCGCGGAUGUACAUCGAGCUGGAGCCGCGGCAGCUGGCCGACGCCGACGUCCCGCUCACCGACUACGCCGACGAGCCCGUGGGGCUGCUGUCCGAUUUCCACGUGGCCUGGCGUCUUCGGGACGGGCUGCUGGUGGACGAGCUGGAGGGGUGCGCGGCGACGAGCGGCUCCUCGCUGCGGCCCAUCCCGCUGCUGGAGCUGCAGGCGGCCAUCGAGGCCAACGCGCCGCCGUCGCCGCCGCCGCUGUCGCACGACGAGUCGCCGCCGCGCGAGGCGCCCGUGGCCAGCAGCACGCCGCUGCCCGUCGCCGAGAUGCCGCCGCCGCCGCCCAAGAGGGAGCGCAAGCGCAAGGCCGCCGCCGGCGCGGAGCCGGCCGCCGGGGGCAAGUUCCAGCUGGUCGCGAUCGAAGCGCUGCGGCGGCCGCGGCCGCGCCGGGAGUUCGGCGUGGAGGCGGCGUGGCUGCGCCGCGUGCUGGCGGGCCGCGCCCGGCGCCUGCUGCAGCUGCGCCGGCGCCUGCGCGCGCACGAGCGCCUGGCGCGCUUCCGCGGCUUCGAGUUCUCGUGCCUCGACGCCAGCGAAGCCUCGCGAAAGAGUUCGUCCGGGGAAGUGCCGCCGAGCGGCAACGAAAGGACGACCGGCCCGGCCUCGGCAGGUUUCGCGGGCUGGAGCGACGCGGAGGCGGCGCGGGCGCUGGAGGAGGCGCGCGCCGCGGCGCGGCUCAGCUCGCGGCUCGACGACAGCGACGACGACGACGGCUUCUUCGAGCAGAGCGAGCACAGCUCGCUGGGCGACGCCGACGCGCCCUUGCCGCGCUCGCCGGGCGCGUGGAAGAUCUGCGGAGAAUGUAGUAAUCUCCUUGAGUUCUCUGGUUACAGAAAACUUGACAAACGUAAGAAAUGUUUGUCAGUAUUUUUGGACUUAAAAAGAGCAUUUGACACCGUCUCUCUCUCCAUACUGAUCAAGAACGCUAAUAUUUUCUCUUAUGCUGAUGAUACAGCCAUUGUAUUCACUGAUAAUUCUUGGGAUACUCUGAAGUCUAGUGCGGAACGGGGACUGGAGCGUGUAACACCAGUAAGUGCACAUGCCCUUCUAUCAUUAAAGUUGCACAAUCAAAAUAUUUGGGUGUUCUUGUGGACCAGCGACUCUCGUGGUAUCCACACCUCAAACAUGUCAUUAAAAGAGUAA